AUGGAGGUGUGUAAGAAGGGUACCACAACGGUCAUGUGUGAUUUUAAUGUGCUUAUCAACUGGACAACCAAGGAGAGUUGGAUUGAAAGGUGCCUCAGCGAGAGUGAAAGCAAAAGGUUUCCAAACCACACCUCACUGGGGAACGUGUCCAUUGGUGAGGAACAUGAAGAGAAGGAAAACAACCGAGCCUCGAAACCACACUCAACCCCAGCCACCCUGCAAUGGCUUGAGGAGAACUAUGAGAUUGCAGAAGGAGUCUGUAUACCUCGCAGUGCUCUGUACAUGCACUACCUGGACUUCUGUGAGAAGAAUGACACACAGCCAGUUAAUGCAGCAAGCUUUGGCAAGAUAAUUCGACAGCAAUUUCCACAAUUAACAACGAGAAGAUUGGGAACAAGAGGCCAGUCAAAAUACCAUUAUUAUGGGAUAGCAGUGAAGGAGAGCUCACCUUAUUACGAUGUGAUGUAUUCCAAAAAAGGAGCAGCUUGGGUAAACGAAACUGGGAAGAAAGAAGUGGCGAAGCAGACGGUGGCGUAUUCACCACGAUCCAAGCUGGGCACCUUGCUGCCAGAGUUUCCAAAUGUCAAAGAUCUAAAUCUGCCAGCAAGCCUCUCGGAGGAGAAGGUUUCCACCUUCAUUAUGAUGUAUAGAACUCAUUGUCAGAGAAUCCUAGACACAGUGAUCAGGGCAAAUUUCGAUGAGGUUCAAAGCUUCCUUCUACACUUUUGGCAAGGAAUGCCCCCCCACAUGCUCCCGGUGCUGGGCUCCUCCACUGUUGUGAACAUUGUUGGUGUUUGUGACUCCAUAUUGUACAAGGCAAUCUCCGGAGUUUUGAUGCCCACAGUGCUGCAGGCAUUGCCAGACAGUCUGACGCAGGUGAUUCGUAAAUUCGCGAAACAGCUGGAUGAGUGGCUCAAAGUUGCACUUCAUGAGCUUCCUGAAAAUUUAAGAAAUAUCAAAUUCGAAUUGGCCAGAAGAUUUUCGCAGGUUCUCAGACGUCAGACCUCAUUAAAUCACCUCUGUCAGGCAUCACGGGCAGUCAUUCACAGUGCAGAUAUAACUUUCCAAAUGUUGGAGGACUGGCGAAAUGUGGAUCUGAAUAGCAUCACUAAACAGACGCUGUACACCAUGGAGAAUUCCCGAGAGGAGCACAGGAAACUCAUUGUGAAAUUGUAUCAGGAAUUUGAUCAUCUUUUAGAGGAGCAAUCACCCACUGAGUCCUACAUUGAAUGGCUGGAUUCCAUGGUGGACAGAUGUGUUGUCAAGGUUGCUGCACAGAGGCCUGGGAGUUUGAAGAGACUGGCUCGGCAGUUUCUAUUGAUGUGGUCCUGCUUUGGUACGAGAGUUAUUCGGGACAUGACAUUGCACAGUGCACCAAGUUUUGGCUCCUUUCACCUAAUCCACCUGACAUUUGAUGACUAUGUACUUUAUCUCCUGGAAUCUCUGCACUGUCAGGAGAGAGCAAAUGAACUAAUGAGAGCAAUGAAAGGAGAAGGCAGCUCAGGAGACAGAAGGGAAGAGGCGGGACAGACAGACCACAGCCCUCCGACACAGUCCCCUGGCCCUUUCUCUCCUGCAAAAUCUGUCACAGCUGAAAUCCAACCAGCCUCACCUGUCAGCAGUCAGUCACCCGAAUACACUGCAUUAACAGCACCAGGAGCAGUUCAAUCAUACACAUGGUCUCUGACAUACACCGUUACGACAGGCUCCGCUCCUCCCGAUAGCCCACAACAGUUACCGUGUAUGAGGAGCAAUAAUGUGCCUACAGCGUCCUCAACUCACAGGAUGCCAGUGUACCCACACAGAGAGGAACAUGGGUACACAGGAGGCUACAACUACGGUAGUUACAGCAAUCAACCCCCUCUUCCCAUUCAGGGUCAGUAUCCAACCCUAACACAUGACAGCCUUUCUUCUCCAUUGCCAUAUCCAACUUACCACAGGAGUGGCUCACAGUACCCUUUCAACAGCCAGACACCGAGGAUGGAGCCAUGCUUGAUGAGCAGCACCCCAAGGCUGCAUUCGACACCGGUCACACCUCGCUGGCCUGAAGUGCCUGCGGCUAACAGCUGUUACCCCAGCCCCACCAUGCAUUCAGCACGGUACAGCAACUCGAGUGAGAUGUAUACGCCCCUGGUUCCCCGGAGGAGUGCCGAGUACGAACACGCACAGCAUUUUCCCGGCUUUGCCUACAUCAAUGGGGAAGCGACCACUGGGUGGGCCAAAUAA